CUUGGAGCCGCGGAGCCUGGUGAAGGUUGCGGAGCAUGACCGCGCGGCCCCUGGGGACCCCAGCGCAGUGAUGCCAACAUGUGAAAACUGGGAGGUACAAGGUGAUCAAGUCAAGUUUCCAAGGAUUACCUAGUUCAUCAGUAGCAAACUCAGGAUGUUUCACUCAGGCCGCAUGUGGAGCUGUCAUUGGAAGUGGAAGCCAAGUUCUCUUUUGUUCUUCUUUGCUUUGUGUCUUGUGUAUGCUCCUGUCUCAGUAUGGGCAUGUGCCAACUGCAGGGUGGUCCUCUCUAGCGCUUCCGGGACCUUCACUUCUCCCUGCUACCCUCACGACUACCCCAACAGCCAGGCUUGCAUGUGGACCCUCCGAGCCCCCACGGGCUAUAUCAUUCAGAUAACGUUUAAUGACUUCGACAUUGAAGAAGCUCCCAAUUGCAUUUAUGACUCAUUAUCCCUUGAUAAUGGAGAGAGCCAGACGAAGUUUUGUGGAGCAACUGCCAAAGGCCUAUCGUUUAACUCAAGUGCGAAUGAGAUGCAUGUGUCUUUCUCAAGUGACUUUAGCAUCCAGAAGAAAGGUUUCAAUGCCAGCUACAUCAGAGUGGCCGUGUCCUUAAGGAAUCAAAAGGUCAUUUUACCCCAGUCACUUGAUUCUUACCAGGUAUCUGUUGCAAAAAGUGUCUCUAUUCCAGAGCUCAGAGCUUUCACACUCUGCUUUGAAGCAACCAAAAUGGGCAAAGAAGACAGCGAAUGGAUAGCUUUCUCCUACUCAGGUGCAUCCUUCCCACAAUUGCUCAGUUUCGGAAAGACCAAGACUGGCUACUUUCUAUCAUUUUUUGGCUCAAAAUGCUUACUAAACAGUGCUUUACCUGUGAAAGGUAAGGAAGAUAUUUUCACAGAAAGCUUUGAGCAGCUCUGCAUUGUUUGGAGUAGCUCUUUGGGCACCAUUGGUGUAAAUUUCAAAAGAAACUAUGGAACAGUUUCAUGCAAUUCUACCAUUAGUAAAGUUAUUCCCGGGAAUGGGAAAUUGUUGCUGGGCUCCAACCAACAUGACAUUGGCUCUCUCAAAGGGGACAUUUAUAAUUUUCGACUUUGGAAUUUUACCGUGAGUUCCAAAAUCCUCUCCAACCUCAGCUGCAGUGUGAAAGGGAAUGUGGUGGACUGGCAAAAUGACUUCUGGAAUAUCCCAACCCUAGCCCUGAAAGCUGAAAGCAACCUCAGCUGUGGUUCCUACCUGAUUCCACUCCCAGCAGCAGAAUUAGCCAGCUGUGCAGAUUUGGGGACCCUCUGCCAAGCUACUGUAAACCCUGCUAGUACUGCAUCACCCACUGUCACCACUAACAUGCCUGUUACUAACAGAACCGAUAAACAAAGGAAUGAUGGGAUUAUUUAUAGAAUUUCCAUAGUGAUUCAAAACAUCCUUCCUCACCCCGAGGUGAAAGUACAGAGCAAGGUGGCAGAAUGGCUCAAUUCAACCUUCCAGAAUUGGAACUACACCGUUUACGUGGUUAAUAUCAGUUUUCACCUGAGCACUGGAGAGGACAAGAUUAAAGUGAGGAGAAGCAUUGUGACUGACCAAAGGUUGGUGAUUUGGGCCCUUUUGGUUUAUAAUGCUACCAACAAUCCCAGUUUAGAAGGGAGAACCAUUCAGCAGAAGCUCUUAAGAAAUAAUGAGUCCCUGGAUGAGGGCUUGAGGCUACAUACAGUGAAUGUGAGACAACUGGGUAUAUGUCUGGCUGAGGAGAUGCCCAAAGGAUAUAAAUGGCCAAGCAUCCGACCUUCUGAAUACAGAAUUUCCUGUCCAAGGAAACAGGGCUUCUUUGCUUCACGAACAUGUUAUCCUGACCCUGUCAACAAUUCUGUAGCCUCCUGGGGGCAACCCGAUAUCUCCAAUUGCUCAGGGGAAGCAAAUGAAGUUGCCAAUGAGAUUUUAAAUUUAACUAGUGAUGGGCAGAUAUUAAGCUCAGCCAAUAUCACCAGCAUCGUAGAACAGGUCAAAAGGAUUGUAAAUAAAGAAGAAAACAUUGAUAUAACGCUUGGCUCAACCUUAAUGAAUAUAUUUUCUAAUAUUUUAACCAGCCCAGACAGUGAUUUGCUUGAGUCAUCUUCUGAAGCUUUAAAAACAAUUGAUGAAUUGGCCUUCAAGAUAGACCUACAGAGCACAACACAUGUGAAUAUCACAACUCGGAAUCUGGCUCUUGGAGUAUCGUCUGUGUCCCCAGAGACCAAUGAAAUUUCAAAUUUUAGCAUUGGACUUCCAAGCAAUAAUGAAUCAUACUUCCAGAUGGAUUUUAAGAGUGGACAAGUGGAUCCAUUAGCUUCUGUCAUUUUGCCUCCGAACUUACUUGAGAACCUAAGUGAAGAAGAUUCUGCAUUAGUUAAAAGAGCACAAUUUACUUUCUUCAAUAAAACUGGACUUUUCCAGGAUGUAGGAACCAAGAAAGGCACCUUAGUGAGCUAUGUGAUGGCGUGCAGUGUUGGAAACAUUACUAUCCAGGAUCUGAAGGAUCCUGUUCAGAUAAGGAUCAAACACACAAAAACUCAGGCAGUGGCUCAUCCCAUCUGUGCCUUCUGGAAUCUGUACAAAAAUGAAAGUUCUGGAUUUUGGGACACUUCAGGAUGUUUCGCACACAAAGAUUCAGACGCCAACGAGACAGUCUGCCUGUGUAACCACCUCACCCACUUUGGGGUUCUUAUGGACCUUCAAGGAACUGCCUCACAGUUGGAUGCAAAAAACACUAGAGUCCUCACCUUCAUUACCUAUAUUGGGUGUGGAAUAUCUGCCAUCUUUUCAGCAGCUACCCUCCUGACAUAUGUUGCUUUUGAAAAAUUACGAAGAGAUUAUCCCUCCAAAAUCCUGAUGAACCUCAGCACAGCCCUGCUAUUCCUGAAUCUCGCCUUCCUCCUGGAUGGAUGGAUCACCUCGUUUCAUGUGGAUGGACUUUGCACGGCCAUCGCAGCCCUCCUGCACUUCUUCCUUCUAGCAGCCUUUACCUGGAUGGGACUAGAAGCUAUUCACAUGUACAUUGCCCUGGUGAAAGUAUUUAACACUUACAUUCGCCGGUACAUCCUGAAAUUCUGCAUCGUUGGCUGGGGUGUGCCUGCCUUAGUUGUGUCCAUUGUUCUUGCGAGCAGAAAGCAAAAUGAAGUCUAUGGAAAAGAGAGUUAUGGAAAAGAACAAGGUGAUGAAUUCUGCUGGAUACAGGAUCCUGUCGUAUUUUACGUGACCUGCGCCGGGUAUUUCGGACUCGUGUUUUUCCUGAACGUCGCCAUGUUCAUCGUGGUGAUGGUGCAGAUCUGCGGGAGAAACGGCAAGAGAAGCAGCCGGACGCUGCGGGAGGACGUUCUCCGCAACCUGCGUAGCGUGGUCAGCCUGACGUUUCUCCUGGGCAUGACCUGGGGGUUUGCUUUCUUUGCCUGGGGACCUCUGAAUGUCCCCUUCAUGUACCUCUUCUCCAUCUUCAACUCCUUACAAGGCUUAUUUAUAUUUAUCUUCCACUGUGCUAUGAAGGAGAAUGUUCAGAAACAGUGGAGGCGGCAUCUCUGCUGUGGUCGAUUUCGGUUGGCAGACAACUCAGACUGGAGUAAGACAGCUACCAAUAUCAUCAAGAAGAGUUCUGAUAAUCUAGGAAAAUCUUUGUCCUCCAGCUCCAUUGGUUCUAACUCAACCUACCUUACAUCCAAGUCUAAAUCCAGCUCUACCACCUACUUCAAAAGGAACAGCCACACCGAUAAUGUCUUCUAAGAUCAUUCCUUCAACAAAAGUGGAUCAUUCAGACAAUGCUUCCAUGGACAAGUCCUCAUCAAAACUGACUCAUGCUGAUGGAGAACAAACAUCGAUCAUUCCUGUCCAUCAGGUCAU